UGGCGGUUCGGAGUGAGGCUAGCACGUCGAGCUGUAGGCUCUGCCGAGUGUGUGACGCCAGACUUGGCGUCUAGCCGAGAGUGUGGCGGGAUUCCUGGGUCGGGUCAGGUCUGGGUUCUCGGAGGGAUGGAUCGCGUGUGGACUGCAUGGUGCGGGAAGGGCGUCAAAGAGAAAAAUGUGUCGCCCCUCUGGGCUCAGCGCAUCGUAGUUGCCUGGCUCAGUAAGGCCGAGUGGGAUCAGGUGACGGUGUACCUGUUCUGCGACGACCAUAAAUUGCAGCGGUACGCACUGAAUCGCAUCACAGCGUGGAGGAGCAGGUUAGGCAACGAACUGCCCCUGGCAGUGGCUUCUACUGCUGACCUCGUACGCUGUAAGCUCUUGGAUGUAACUGGUGGCUUGGGCACUGAUGAACUUAGACUGCUCUAUGGCAUGGCAUUGGUCAGGUUUGUGAAUCUUAUCUCGGAGAGGAAGACAAAGUCUGCCAGGCUCCCCCUCAAGUGCCUGGCUCAGGAGGUGAACAUUCCAGAUUGGAUUGUUGAACUUCGCCAUCAGCUUACCCACAAGAAAAUGCCCCAUAUAAAUGACUGCCGCAGAGGUUGCUAUUUUGUCCUGAAUUGGCUCCAGAAGACCUACUGGUGCCGCCAACUGGAGAACAGUCUGAGAGAAGCAUGGGAGUUGGAGGAAGACAAGGAAGACGGAGAUGAAGACAACCAGGAGGAAGUAAAGAGCAUUGUUGAGGACAUCACAGAACAUAAACCAAAGGCUGAGGAUGAGGAGAAAGCUGCAGAGCUGGAUGUCAGGGCUGGUGGAGAGAGCCAAGGCGACAAAGAGAUGGAUGCACAUUGGGAAAAGGCUCGCAGGAAUAAAGAGCUGUAUGAAAGAGCCCGAGAACUGCUGAUAUCCUAUGAAGAGGAGCAGUUUAAGGUGCUGGAGAAAUUUAGGUAUCUACCUCAGGCCAUUAAGGUGUGGAAUCAGCUGCCUCCACCUGUAGACUGCAUCCUGGCAGACCUCAAAGGCAUUACAUGGGAGAACAGGGAUGUUGUGCUGGAUGCUUUUCUGGAUGAUGGCUUUCUUAUUCCUACGUUUGAGCAGUUGGCAGCUUUGCAGAUAGAGUAUGAAGACGGGCAGACUGAGGUCCAGAAAGGGGAAGGUACUGACCCAGAGUCACACAAAAAUAUGGACUUCAAUGAUAUCGUGGUACCAAAGCCGUUCUCUCAGUUCUGGCAGCCCCUGCUCAGGGGCCUGCACUCUGAGGCCUUCACGCAGGCGCUCCUGGAGAAGAUGCUCUCCGAGCUGGCAGCCCUGGGGAGCACUGGGAUCCGGGCCACCUACAUCCUGAGAUGGACCGUUGAACUGAUCGUGGCUAACACCAAGGCUGGACGGAAUGCCCGCCGAUUUUCUGCCAUCCAGUGGGAAGCAAGAAAGAGCUGGAGGCUCUUCAACUGCUCUGCCUCCCUUGACUGGCCCCGGAUGGUUGAGUCCUGCUUGGGCUCACCUUGCUGGGCCAGCCCCCACCUCCUUCAGCUGAUCUUCAAGGCCAUGGGGCAGGUCCUGCCAGAUGAGGAGCAGGAGAAGCUGCUGCGCAUCUGUUCCAUUUAUACCCAGAACGGAAAAACCAGCCUGGCGCAGGAGGGCACAGAGCCUUCCCCCAUUGGGAAGUCUGCGUACACCCUAGACAACCUGUAUUGGAGCCUCAAACCAGCCGGCUCCGUCCUCGGGCCUGCAGGAGAAGGCCAGCAGCAGGAGGAGAAGGGCAGCCUGAAUGAUAUCAAGGAAAACGAGGAGGAGGAGAAAGAGGCCUUGGAAGACCCCAUGGAAGAGGAGGAAGCGGAAAACGUUGACCAAGAGAAGUGGGAGGAAGAUGAAGACGAAGAUGACGAAGAUGAUGAAGACGAUGAAGACGAGGAGGAGGAAGACAGAAUGGAGGUGGGGAUUUUGUCUUUGGUGGAGGAGUCCCCCAGUGCCGAGAGUGCCAGUCUCCUGGCCCAGAAAAGAGCAGCGUUGCAGGGCUCUGCAUGGCAAGUGAGCUCAGAGGAUGUGCGGUGGGACACCUUCCCCUUAGGCCUCAUGCCGGGUCAGACCGAGGACCCAGCAGAGCUCAUGGUGGAGAAUUAUGACACCAUGUAUCUUUUGGACCAGCCUGUGCUAGAGCAGCGGCUGGAACCCCCAACAAGCAAGAUGGGCACCCUGGCCCUGACCUGUGGCAUCGGCAGUGGCAACUGUGGCAAUGACAGCAACAACUUGGAGGGCCUUCUCUGGAGCCAGGGCCAGCUGCACGGGCUCAAAACUGGUCUGCAGCUCUUCUGACGUCCGUCUUAGUACCGCCUCUGCUGGGGCAGGGCCCGCCCCCGGCGCGCCUGACCUUCCUUGAAACUACCCGGGAGACAGCCCUGAUCAGCCACAGCACCCGUGCUCACCAGAAUGUUAUUUUGAUUGUUUUUGUUUUAAAUACCAAAAAAAACAAAAUCAGCCCCAUCACCAUGUUUACUAUAACGUUAUUUUGAUUGGUUUUGUUUGUUUUUAUUUUAAAUACAAUAAACAGGCAACUGUUGUGUUGGUGUUUUUGA